AUGAGCGGCGCCACCCUCGACGCGGGCCUCGGCGCGGCGCUCUCGGAUGCGGAGGAGGCGCGGCUGCAGCUGGCCGGCUACUUGUCCUGCGCGCUGUCGGUGGCCGGCACGCUGUACGUGCUCGCGCACUUCGGCUGCGGCAAGCCGCGGCGCCAGGACGCGGCCGCGCAGGCGCAGCUGCCGCAGCAGUACCGACGCCGCGGCCCGCGCGCGCGCAUGGACUUCAUGGACAAGCUCGUGCUCGUGCUGGCGCUCUUCGACCUGGUCACGGUGGCCGCGCGCGCGGUGGGGCGCAGCGUCAUUCACGACCGCGCGCUGUGUCGAACCCAGGCCGCCGUGAUCCAAGCUGCCAAUCUGGCCAGCUGCAGCUGGAUCUGCUGCAUGGCCUACAACCUCUACCGGUGGAUCGCCGGAGGCGAGUCGGACGCCACGCGACAAAGAAGAUUUCCACUUUUCCUGGCCGUUGCAGUGGUGCCCGGCGCGGGUUUUGUUGUCUUCCACUUAAUGACGAACAAGUAUGGCGACGCGACGUUCUACUGCUGGUUGGACGAGAUCCGCUACAUGUUCCUCAACUUCUACCUCUUCUAUCUGCUCAUGAUCGUCUUCAACUUCGUCCUGCUGGCGCUCAUCCACUUCAACAUGAAGCAGCGCGUCGCUCGGCACGAUACCGUGGAGGCAGACACCUCUUCCAUGCUGAUUCGGCGUAAACUCCUGCUCUACAUUGUCGUGUUCAUCGUCCACCGCACACCAAUGAUGAUUUAUCGCAGUAAAAGAACGAAAGACGCGCCGUUGCCCCGUGAUUGCGAGGCCGAAAGCGUAUCUUCGCCGACUGAGAGUAUUCCAGGUGGAUACGUUGUCAAGAAGCGAACUACAGGGACGAAUGACGACAAUGAGGCGGUGGUGUGCGCGUCUGCGAGGAUCGGAACAGCAUUGACCCCGUCGGGCCGCAAAGUAUCCUACGAGUCGGACAGUGGGGACUCAAAUCCCAGUAGGAACACCCAUUCUCGCAAGGCUUUCGGGAUCCACGAUGAACACAGCUACACGUACCGGAGUUGGCAGCAGCGUUUACAGAAGCGGUUUACGUUGCAUCAUGCACCACCGCCACCGCCAGUGGAGCCAAAGAAGAUUGCAAUCUUCGCGUCCACCUUCAACAUGGGCGAAAAGGACGUUCAUGAACAUGAGCUGCACGACUGGAUUCCAUUAGGACAGGAUGUCUACGUUAUUGGUGUGCAAGAGUGCAUGGAUCUCGCAGACUUACAGAUCAAGAUCUUGCGCCACCUCGUCUCGGGAUCUACCAGCAAAUACGUGCACUACUCCCGCGAAAUUGGCAAACGAGCUACAGCGCUGGGCUAUCACGGCUACAUUGCACUCUGUAUUUUUGUACGAGCCACCGCGGUAGCAUCGGGUCGCUUUCGUAUGCCGCACAGACAGAGCAGCAACAAAAAUGCUCAGGAAGUCUUUCGUGGGAAGUCCCUGUUGCUUUUCGGCCGUGCGUCGAACAAAGGCGCAGUGGGCAUGUCGUUCCGGUUCGAUGAUACGUCUUUCGCGUUCGUGACGUGUCAUUUGGCGUCCGACUCGUCCAGCUUGAAGCGUGCCAAACGAAAGAAGAGUUCGAACUCCGUUUUAAAAGGCGGCAAUGGCGAUUCCUCCGGCGACCUCAGCUUACUUAAUCACGGUGGAAGCGUUGCACGGAGCAGCGGUGGAGAUAGUGGAGGUAACAAAGCCUCAGUGUCCGAAGAAGCGACGAUGGAGGCGCAUCAGCCUCCGUCCAAAGUACAGCGGCGCAACCAAGAUGCUAUGGAGAUCCUUCAGCAAUUGUACCUUGACGAAGAGGAUUACGGAUUCGGGUUCUCCCAGCUACACCACCACAGCUUUAUCCUCGGCGACUUCAACUACCGAAUGACACGCAAGGGUGCAACACCGAUAGAGAUGCUCGAGCUACUCGUGAAUGCUGGAACAGAACAGCAUCAUACACCGGAGGACAUUUACACAAUGUGUCUAUCAUCGCCGUGCUCGCCAGCUAUGCUUCAAACGUCGAGGAGCGAGCAAUCUCCUCAAACGGGCGAGGGCGACUUUCGACAGUGCGUAACUCCCAAAGUGCAGAGCCCGACACCGAUUGUGACAGCACGAAGGAGCCACCGGUACGUCAGAGCGCGCACUGGAACGGCAGCAAGCAACAGCGGCAGUAGUUCGGCGCCGUUCUUACUUCGGACACUGGUCGAGGAGCACGACGAGCUCUACCAGUUGUGUCGCUCGCAACAGAUUUUCCACGGCUUCCAGGAGAACGAGAUCAAUUUCUUCCCGACAUUUCGCCGUAUCCGAGGGAAGGCACUGCGCGAACCACUCGAUGCAGACACGUUUCAGCAGAAUUAUUCUCUCGUCGCAACCCACGGCGGCUAUCGAGUACCGUCCUACACGGACCGCGUCUUCUACAGUUCGCUAGCUGGCAUGCAGGAUUCCCUCCGGUGCCUCUCGUAUGAUUCAUGCGAGGCUGUAACCUCGUCGGACCACAAACCAGUGUCAGCGUGCUUCGAGGUGGCGCUACUCGCAUCGCAGAAGACGUCCUCUGCGUCCCUCUUGGCGGAAGAUGCCUUGUGGAACGCCAACUCGACAGACGCCAACCCCAUGAUCCUCCGCGCAGAGGGAUCGUUUGCCGCUUCCAGAAUGAAAGACGUUCCAGGCGCGUGCGAGCUCCGCCUUCGUAUCGAGUUCCGCUCUAUCCACUGGAUCGACGCCGUGGACUCGGCGCUCUUUGAUCGAGCUGAGCACGUGCAGUUCGGUUUCCUCUUCCCACUUCCCUGCGAAGAUGUCUUCGCGCCACAGCGAAAGCUGCAUGAGGUGGCGGAACACUUGACGUUUGGUGGAAGCGAGAGCACCAAUACUGGCGGCAUGGGCUUUGCAUCCACCAUCACCCCCACUUCCAACUUCCACACUUUGAAGUGGCAUGAGUUCGUCAAUGGUGGGCUACGGUACCAUACGCUAGCGGGGGGCAUGGGGCGCAAGCACGUGGCCGUAAUGCUGCGCUCGCUGAGUCGGGGGCGUUCCAUGUCCAAGACUUCUUCGGCGUCGCGGUUGCUUGGGGGUAGCUGCUCCCCUUCGCCACACACCAGCGUAACCUCCAUCGCAUCAACGUGCUCACCGACACCGCACGGCAGCUCUAUGCAUUUCGGCCACGGUACGUUCUGCGCCGAGGGCAUGGCCAAGAAGCGCGAAGUGUGCGUGCCAUUGACCCUGGGCGGAAGACUGCUGGGCCGCCUCCAAUUACGGGUGUCGCUGCAAAUGCGCCAGAAGAAAUGA